AUGUUCAAAAUCCUCAUUGUCUGCAUCGUCAUCAACUUGGCGCUGAUAGACGCCAAAAUUUUCGACAGAUGCACCCUGGCCAAGCUACUGAAAACCAAAUACCACUUCCCGCGUAGCCAGAUUUCCAGAUGGAUCUGUAUAGUUCAACACGAGUCCAACUUCAACACCAAAGCGAUGAACAAGGUCACCAUGGACUACGGACUGUUCCAAAUCAGCCAAAAGUAUUGGUGCGAUCCAGCUCUAGAUACUCCCAAAGGUGGAUGCAACACUCCUUGUACGAAAUUCAGAGAUGAUAAUAUUAACGAUGAUGUCAAAUGUGUUAAAACUAUUUAUAAAGAAUUUAAGAGGCUGAAAGGAAACGGUUUUAAAGCUUGGACAACCAUCAUAAUGAGCUUCAAAAUCAUCUGUUUGAUCGUGGCUGUGCAAGUAGCCCUCAUAAAUGCCAGAAUCUACGACAGAUGCACCCUAGCUAGAGAGUUAAGGCACAAAUACCAGUUUCCAGCUAAUCAGAUUCCAACGUGGAUAUGCAUUGUUCAACACGAGUCAAACUUCAAUACUGCCGCUAUAAACAAAGACUCACACGACAAUGGUCUGUUCCAAAUCAGCCAGUUGUAUUGGUGCGAUCCCGUGAUGAACGCCCCGUAUGCCGGAUGUCAUGUCAGUUGUGACAGUUUAAGGGACGAUAAUAUCGAUAAUGAUGUCGCUUGCAUUAAGCAGAUUUUCAACGAAUUCCAAGGACCCGAACACGAAUCCAAUUUUAACACCAAAGCGUACAAUCCUGAAACAGCCGAUUACGGUAUAUUCCAAAUUUCAUCGAUCUUCUGGUGCGAUUUACCCAACAAUGCACAUGCCAAUGGCUGUCACAUUCCAUGCUCGGCUCUACUAGACGACAACAUCGACGAUGACGUGAAAUGUCUCAGACAAGUUUUUGACGAACAUCAAAAGUUACAAAAAAACGGUUUUAAAGCUUGGACUACUUACAAAUAUUGCACUGGUAACGUUAAGAGUUACGUCCAAGGUUGUAAUUUAUAAAUACUUAUAAGUUCUUUUUGCAUUUCAUAGUAUUAAAUAAUGUUUAAAUUUUAAUUAUUUCUGAAUGGUUUUUUGGUAGCUUUAAAUAAAAAAAAAAUAGCUUAUAUUUGCUGUUUUUUAAUGUUAAUCGAUUAUAUCAGUUCCCAUUCCUACCCAAUGAUAUAUAACUCUACAGGUAAAGAA